AUGGGGCUCGACGUCGAGGGAGAGGUGAAACAGCUCGUCGAGGAGAUCAAGCGGCUCGGCGGGAACGUGGACGGAAAGACCACGGUGAAGUUCGGGGUGCUGUUCGCGGACGACCGCUGCGCGAACAUCUUCGAGGCGCUGGUCGGAACCCUUCGAGCUGCGAAGAAGAGGAAAGUCAUCCACUUCGAUGGGGAGAUGCUCCUGCAGGGCGCGCACGACCACGUCGACGUCGUCCUCCUGCAAGAGUGAGUGAGAUUCGCGGGUGGAUUGGAUGGAUGGCAAAUUUCUACGUUCUUCAAUAGCUUCCCUAGUAGUCUACGUUGUCGCCUCGCUCAUCAGAGACCUAA